UAUUGUUUAUUGGUAUUUCAAAACAAAAAAAAUUUCACUGUAACCUGAUUAUUCAGCUUGAAAUAAUAUCUGACGAUAAACUUGUAUUCCUUCGAUUAUAAAUUGAUUCACAAAGAUUAACUGUAAAAUUUCCUACGAUGGAAUUUCCGAGCUGCCAAGUCAUUAAACGCACCAACAUAAAAGAUGCAGUCAGAAGUUAUUUUUGACGCAUGAAAAAAAAAAAUGCUUAAGAGCAGUACGCGAAUAAAGUAAAAGUCACAAGUGGUAUUUCCGUAUAAUAAAGAUCGAAGAGACAACUCGAUGACAAAUUUGCAAUCCCCCUGGAAUACCUUUCUCCCGUCCACUCAGCAUCCACAGUCAAACUACAGUGAAGUCCGUACAAUUGUUUUCGAAAAAUUCUAACCUCGCGUGACAGUUAAAAAACAAAAUAAAUUCCCAGUGACUGAUGCCAAAUUUAACAAAAACCAAGGGUGGUACUUUGCUGAAACAAUUUUGUGAAAAUUCCAAAGGGAUUCGCGUGGCGAGACGGUACUCCUCCAAGAUAAAUAAAUGCCGCGUUUCUAUAGUCGGUCUGGGGGGUGUCGGCAAAGGACUCGCCCACCUUCUCAAGAUGUACCCAGCCAAUAUCACAGAGCUCAGACUGUGCAACCGGAGUGACCCUGAGGGCAUGGUCCAGGAUCUCAGCCACAUACCGACUAACGUGAGGACCCUGGGUUUCGCGGGAGCCGAAACCUUAUCGGAAGGACUGCGCGAUGCGAAUAUGGUCAUCGUGACGACUGGGGUCCCGCGAAAGGGAGACAAUCCGAGAGAAGAACUCUUCGAGCACAACGCGAACCUCUGUCGAGAUGUAAUAUCAGCUUGCGCGAAGAAUUGCCCAGAAGCUUUACUGGCCAUCGUAUCGAACCCAGUGGACUCGCUGGUACCGCUGGCGGCGGAAGUCCUCAAGCAUCACGGAGCUUACUGCGCCGGAAGACUCUUCGGCGUCUGCACUCUGGACCUGAUGAGAGCCAGAUACUUCUUCGCCGACGCCGUGGGGCUCAGACCUGAGAAAGUAUACGUACCGGUGGUCGGAGGUCACUCGGAAAAGACAAUGGUCCCACUGUUCUCCAGGAGCAGACCCAGACUCUUGCUACCCAGAGAUCAGAUACUGGAGCUGACGCAGAAGCUGCGUCUCGCUGGGAAAGGAAUCGUCCUGGCAAAGAAUGGUGAGGCUGGUUCUACCUGGUCCAUGGCUUCCGGUGCCUGGUACUUUGUCCAAAGACUCUGUAGAGCCAUAAACCACGCACCCCACGUCGUAGCCACGGCUUACGUGGAAUCCGAGGUGAACAACUCGAGAUUCUUUAGCAACGAGCUCCUCCUCGGUCCAGACGGCGUGGAGGAGAAUUUGGGCUACGGUCCAGUGAGCGACCUGGAGGAGCAGCUGAUAGCCGAGGCGAUCAUCCAUUUGCAAAGUAGUAUAUCCAGAGGGAAAGAAUUCGUCGCCAAGUUCACUGAUGACCCUGAUGAAAAAUAAUGACAAAGCCACCGCAGCAGAUCCUAUGGGAUUAAAAAAGGGACGUGAAUCGGCUCAGCCCAGCCUGGCCCCAGGAAGUCAUCAAUUUGUCAAGCGCGUUAAAGAAACAUCGUAAAAUCGGCGACUCUCGCCGAGGCUUUAUUCCUUUUCGGAUCAGUCGGUAAUAACUCGUGGACUUGUCCGUUGAAAUUAAGCGGGACGAGGAGGAAAAGCGGAGAAAAAAUCUGUACAAGCCACAGGGACGGUGGGGGUUCACGGAAUAACUGCUGCGUUCACGGCAUCACGAGCUAACCCUACCUAAGACGC